AAUAAGUUGUCUGCGGGCGGACGUGCGCAUUUUUUUGUUGGUUUCAUAAAUAAUCGCAAAUACGGCAAAAAUAAGUAAAUAAAUGCAGAAUUGUAAAAUAAACAGCAACUCAAUUGCAGCCAGAUAAUGCAACGAAGUCCUACAUAACUGUUCAAUGCAACCCAUAUCGCAGUGCAAACAUGUGUGAUUAAAUAACCGAAGUCUCCUUUGGACAGUGCAUUUUGUGUUAAAUAAUUGUAUUUUUUUCUUUUAUGUUUUGUUGCGCGUACCACACAAAACUUUGCACACAUUCCGUUGGAGUUGUUGUACCCGGCACAUUUGUUAGUUGCAUUCACAGUUGCAGUUGUGUAUGCAAUAAAUAAUCGCAUCAAGUGCAGCAAUAAACAAUAUAUACAAAUAAUAAAGGGAUCCCGCUUCCGUAGCAUACAGUCGAAAUGGACGCACAUGCUCAUCACGCACACCACGCCCACGCAGAUCCCAAUGUUGAGCUGAUUGAUCAUUCCUUGCACAUGAUGGAUUCAACGACGGCGAGUCCACUACUGGUGACGCCACACGCUGAUCCCGAUAUGAGCAUGCAUGCGCAUCAUCAUCAUGCUGGUGGCACAGGCACCGGAAUGGAGCACAUGAUGUCCAUGGCGUUCCACUUUGGCUACAAUGAGACCAUAUUGUUCUCGUGGUGGCACAUCGAAACAGUGGCUGGUCUCGUUGGCUCCAUGAUCGCUAUUUUUCUGCUGGCGCUGCUCUAUGAGGGUCUCAAGUACUAUCGCGAAUAUCUGUUCUGGAAGACGUACAAUCUGCUGGAGUAUCGCCCGGUUACGGGGCCGCAACGCAAUCCCGAAGCACCCCGCAUGCCCCCUGCAGCUGCCGCAGCGCCUUCACCCGUGCAAUAUGUUGGCGAAGUUGUGCACAAGCAACCACCGACGAUGCUGUCCAUCAAUCAUUUGUACCAGACGCUGCUGCACGUGCUCCAGGUGACGCUAUCCUUCCUGCUCAUGUUAAUCUUUAUGACAUACAAUGUGUGGCUCUGCCUGAUGGUUGUGCUGGGCGCUGGCAUUGGAUAUUUUCUAUUCUGCUGGAAGAAAUCGGUCAUUGUCGAUGUGACGGAGCAUUGUCACUAGCAGCGAACUACCAGGGACACAGAUAACAACACAACCAGGGAGCCGUUCAUCCACUCCAGCCAGCUGUGUCUCACAGAUGAAGCAUCGCCAUGAGAGCAGCGAAACGGAGCCAGAAAAGACAAACAAAACAGAACUGGAACUAUAACUGGAACUGGAAACGCCUAACAACUGAAAACUGGAAAGCUGAAGUUAUCAGUGUAACGCUGAAUAAUGCCGCAUUAUCUCGAAAUGUCAACAAUCCAACACACACACACACACAUAUGUAAACACAGCAGCAUACACACAUACACAUUUUUAGGUAUCAACGUAUUUUUUUUUAUCAGUGCAAAAAGCAUUUGCCAGCGCACUCAAUUUUUAUAUACCACACCACACACAACAAACUGUGAAUUUUUUCAAAAGGAUAUUUCUAAAACUGUAUACUUACUGUAUACACUACAGCGCUUUGGGCACACAUUUAAUGCCAGCAUCAUACUUUUUUGAGGUUAAGUUUCAAAAGUGCAAAAGAACAAAAUUCAAUAAUUUUUUAAGUUGCCCAGCAAAUAUUGUAAAAAUUGUAUAAAAGAACAAGAAAAAUAGGGAAAACAAACUAAAACUAAACAGUGACAUUGUUAUUAGUUCUCAAAGUAAGUUAGUAAAAGCAAAAACAAACAAAUUUCUCAAUUUGCUCAACAUCUUUUUACUUUUUGUAUUGAUUUUUUUUUCUUUCAACAUCAAUAUUAUUAUUAUACUUAUACUUAUUUUAUACAAAAAAACAAAAAAAAACUGUUAAUAAAUGCAAUUUUUUAUUUAAAAUAUAUAUAUAUGCAUGCAUAUAUAUUUGAUAUUAUAUUCGCAGAAGACAUAAUUUUGCAAGUAUUUGGCAAUUAAUUUCUUAAUUUUGCUUUCAUAGAUGUUGAAAAUUCCGGUUUGAACAUGAUUUUGACUACCGAAAUUGAUAUAAGCAUGCAUAGAUUAUGGAAAGUUGUAGAUAUUAAAUAUAUAUAUAUAUAUAUACAGAAAAUGCAAAAAAAAAAUGCUACAGUUAAUGGCAACAAAAAAUUAUACUACUUAUAGUACAUAAUGAAAAUAUACAAAAUAAAUAUAUACAAUUGCUAAAAGAAAAUCCAA